AUCACAAUUCUUUACAUUCACAAUUCUUUACAGUGUACAAAACCUUUUCACAUUAAAAAUUAGCUCAUUAUAUUCAGUUAUUAUUUAAACUUACGUAGAAAUAUGGACAUUUCUAUACAGCGUGCAAAGAUGCUUGUAUAUUUACAUUUUGUUUUGGUCACUAUACAAGCAUCUCUGCACCUUGUACGAAAAUGUUUAUUUUUAUACAUAAGGUUAAAUGAUUGUUAAAUGUAAUCAGCUAAUUCUUGGUGUGAAAAAGUUUUGUACCCUAUACAGUUUUGUUUACUCGGCCGUUGCUGCAAUGCGACGUCGGCAGAAGAGACCAGUCGCGCAGCUCCAUCGCACUCUUCUCUUACCAUCUUGGCGAAAAAACCACGAUCGACUUUCGCCCGGAAUGUGCACCGAAACCGAGCGGCCAGGAGCUGAAGAGCCCGGUACGGGACUGUACCCAGAUGAAACGGAAACCAAAUCCCAAAUCGACUAUCAUGAUGGGAAGGGACACGGUGGAGGCGUAGUACAUGGAACAGGCAGUCUACGACGAAGACGAAGAAGGAGGAGUCCAGUUGGAAUCGACCCCUUCGGAGUGAAGGAAACUGGUGAAAUCAUCAAAUAUAACGAUGCGAAUGUAUUCCUUGUUAUAUACUUGUUGGCAGCCACAAUACCAUACAUUGGAAUUACCCAUUUCCCUCGAAGUGUUUUGAAAGCUCAAGAGAGGUUGAUGACAACUUAAAGGAAUGUAGUGAGUACGUGCAGAGCUUCAUAUCGUUAGCUGUAGCUACAGUUCUUUCGUCCAAGGGUUUUCCAGUCACGAGAGCCACAAUGACUACACUGAAUAGUUUGGAGAAGAUAGAGACAAUUUCGUGAUGUACUGUAGUGAACUGUUGUUGUACAGUUGCUAGAGACUCAGUGAAGACAUAUUUUGAAAGGCCCUCGUUGAGUCCAAGGGAGUGUUUUAAGCUCGAGGAACAUUGAUCUCUUUAGUCCAAGAUGGAUUUAUGUAUGUUGCAGUAAAGGUGAACUGAUCGC